AUGAUGGGAAUGUUUGAAAGUAUGACUGUGCAUACUGUGCAUGAACCAGCUACAACAAGUACCACUACAAACCUUGGAAAUAGUAUAACAUCUUCAAGGCAUGGUGAUGAAGCAAUUCGCAAAUUCAAAUGUAGUGAAUGUUCAAAAGCCUUUAAAUUCAAGCAUCACUUGAAAGAACACAUCAGAAUACAUUCUGGAGAAAAACCUUUUGAGUGUCCCAAUUGCCAUAAGAGAUUCUCACAUUCUGGCUCAUAUUCUUCUCAUAUGAGCAGUAAAAAGUGCACACAAUCAAAGAGUCAACAAAAAGUUUCAUCAUUAUCACCUCCAUUUACCAGUGCUGCUAUAUCAUCAACUUGUUCAUCUCCCAACAAUUCACAAUUACUACCAACAAUGAAUGACCAAGUUUCAAUGUAUCAGUCUAUUCUUAAUAUGUUAAGCUUUCCAAAUCAAAAUAAUAACAAUAACAAUAAUAGUCAACUUGCUCAACAACUUAUGUCUAUGUCAGGUACUAAUAAUUCUAAUGGUACAGCAGCAUUUAGUAGUUUAGCUGAAAAUCUUCCUAUCAAUGGUCUUUUUAAUAAUUUUCAAUUACAAAAUAAUAAUGAAGUUAAUGGAUUUUUAGCAUUAGCAUCUAUUAUUUCUACACUUUCUCCUCAAAAUACUAAUAAUAUAUUAGCAAAUGUUAAUUUUGGCAAAAAUGAUGAUACCCUUAAAAGUGAUAUUCAUUCAUCAUCAUCAACAAAUGAUGAGGAUGAUCAAAAUAAGGCUGUUUCUGAUAAUAAAAGUGACUGGAAACCAUUAAGAUCUCGAAGUUUCUUAUCUGAUACUCAAGUUGCUACACUCUAUAAUCAAUUUAAAAAGAAUAGAUUUCCAUCGAAAUAUGAAUUAUCAGCAUUGGCUGAACAAAUUGGAGUGAACAAACGGGUUGUUCAAGUUUGGUUCCAAAAUACACGGGCAAAGGAACGUCGUUGUAGUAGAAUUGGAAAUAUUGGUGAUCGCCUAUCUAAAAAUGCAUGGAUGAAAGCUGGAAGCAAUAAUAAUAAUAAUAACGGUACAGAAAAUACUGAAAAUCCACAAAAUAAUGACAAUAUUGAAGAGUUUCUUAGAAAAUCAUUGUCAUCAGAUAAUCAAAAAUGUAAUGACAGUAUUCAGGACUCUGAUACAAUUUCAAAUGGUAACGAUACUGAAUCUAUCAAUACUGACAAAUUAACAAGUGACUCACAGUUGGAUAGUCCUUUAGAUCUUUCUAUUAGACCACCAAGUCAAUCAAGUAAAGAAAGUGGAAAUAAUAAUACAGAUUCUACUAACAAUGGAAAUAAUCUUUUUGAAUUUAUGCAAAAAAAUACAAAGGUAGUACAUGAUUUAUUAAAAAAUAUUCCAAGUAAAAAUGUUAAAAGAACAGUAUCACCACAAUCAUUUCAUUCAGAAGAUUCUAGUAUGGAUGAAACUUGUAAAAAUGGUUCUGAAACAUCAGAAGAAGGACCAAAAUUAAAUAAAUCUAUUUGGCCAGUUACCUCAACACAACAAUCUAAUCUUUUUUCACCAUACUCAAUCCUUGGAACACCAACACUAGCUGAUUUACAAAAACUUUUUGAAAAAUCUGAUAGUAGUAGUUCUGUGGAGGAUUUUAAUCUCAAUGCUUCUGAUUCAGCUAAAAAAAUUUUUAGAAAUAAUAAUAAUAGUAAUAGUAGUAAUAACAAUAACAAUACAAAAACAAUAAAAACAAAUGAAGAUGGUGGAUUAUUUGCUUGUGAUCAAUGUGAAAAAACUUUUGGAAAACAAUCAUCAUUAGCAAGACAUAAAUAUGAACAUUCAGGUCAACGUCCUUAUAAAUGUGAUGUUUGUGAAAAAGCUUUUAAGCAUAAACAUCAUUUAACAGAACAUAAACGUCUUCACAGUGGUGAAAAACCAUUUCAAUGUGAUAAAUGUUUAAAACGUUUUUCACAUUCUGGAAGUUAUUCUCAACAUAUGAAUCAUCGUUAUUCAUAUUGUAAACCUGUUGUAUCAACAAUCUCAUCACCAUCCUCAAAUACACCAUCAAUUGGAUCAUCUGUUAUUAUUUCUGAAACAGCAAUUAAUGCUCCUGCCGGUACUGUAGCUUCUGAUUAA